UUCCAGCUCGUGAUGUCAAAGAUCAGGGCUCGCGAUAUUCGCGGUCAGAAGAAGGAAGAUGUUGUGAAACUUCUGAAGGAACAAAAGUCCGAGUUGGCCUCGCUAAGGGUUGCGAAAGUGACGGGUGGAGCGCCUGCGAAGCUCUGCAAAAUUCGUGUGGUCAGGAAAAACGUGGCUCGUCUCCAUACCGUCAUUCACCAAACGCAGAAGCAAGAGCUUCGAAAACUCUAUGCAAAGUCGAAGCGUAAGCCUCUUGACCUUCGCAAGAAGAAGACCCGAGCGAAGCGCCGUGAGUUGACAGCAACUGAGAAACGCCUCAGAACUUCGAAGCAGCGUGCGAAACAGCGCGCUUUUCCUAUUCGCGUUUAUGCCGUGAAGGCUUGAGUUGUUAUUGUUGGUGUAUUGUUUCGUAAUAAACAAAGAUUUCAUGAU